AUGAGAAGACGUUUCACAAGUCAAAAGAACACUAACGCAAAAGCAGAGAUUACGGUUGGUUAUAACGUAAAUGAUGAUAAAUCACGAAUUAUUCAAAAUGUUAAAGUUAAUGUUAGCCCUGAAUUAACAAGGUCAGCAACUCAACCAAAUUUAUUAACUCGUGACUUACCGAAGAAUGAGGAGAAUGAAGAAAACCAUGAGAAUGGAGACCCAAUCAUUUUAUCUGAACCCGGUAAAGAACCCGUUGAAAUCCCCACAUAUCCAACAUACCCCCCACCUCUUUCAUCAAACAUCGAGAACCCAGGAAUAUACGAUUCCAGUCGCAAUGCGCCAUAUAAAAUAGACAUUAAUUCUGAAUUAAUGAAAAUUUACCGUGAUAUAAUAACUGAUAAUUAUGAUUCAAUAAUAAAUUUAAUUGAUCAAUCCGGUUUAAUUAUUUUACCUUAUGAAUCAUUAAUUCACAUUAUCGCCAUUCUUUGUGAUGUUCAAGAUUCAGACGU